AACAACGGUGUCAGUAUCAAACGCACACUUUACUAACAUGUGAUUGGCUAGUACAUUGUAGUCGACGAAGAUUCAUCAAAUUAAUAUUUAGCUUUUCAGAUAGUUUUUGUUUUUACUUGUUUUCUUUGCUGUAAGUUUACAAUUAAUUACGAUGAGGUAAUUUAUGCGUGAUCUAAAGAUCACAUGAUCCAUCCAGCGCUUUGCCAUUGGCUGAAAAAAUACUCCUCCGAGCCAGAGUCUUCUCUUCGUUCGCUCGUCGCUUUGACAAGGUGGAAAAAGUGAAAAGUUUCAUAAAAGUUGUCUUUUGAUUUUCGUAAACAGCUCAAGUUAGAAGAAGACGGUGUAGCAACAGUUAGCCACAUCACCUGCUAAGUUCACGUUGAGUUCUUUAAAUUUCCUGGUUACCCUGAUGACCUACCUCUGAAAAUGCUCUCACACCGGGGGCAUGUGGGUAUUUGAAAACUCACAGAAAUGAGCAAAAAUUAUGCGCGAAUUGAAAUGGAUUUGGUGAGUGGCUUCACAGAUCUGAGGAUAGAAAGCUGUCUGUAUCGUUUAACAGGUAUUGUUCUGCAGGCUUUUGGAACAGCCAAGCCUUAUGGGUCUUCCAGAAGUAUAGUGAGGAGAAUAGCGUCCAGUCUACCUCUUAAGCCCAGCCCCAGAGUUCAUUUUCAGCUUUAUCCAUACACAGAGGAUGCAGGCAUCCUAUUUGCUGCCAAGCCACGGCCUGGACUGGUGGCCUCUCUAGCUGAUGUUGGCUGGAUUGAUAGAGAUGAUGAGGAUGAUGCAGACUAUUUUGAAAGACCAAGGCCUGGGCUUCCUGCUGGUCUCUUGCUCAGAGCUCACGAGCCUCAGCAGAGACUCACCAGACAAAGAUCACUCCCAAGCCUGCACCAGGGGCCUCCUGACCCCCAGGGCUCCAUUAUAGCUAAUGAUGAGGCCAUACAGAAAAUCAGUGCACUUGAAACUGAACUGGCCAAACUCAGAGCACAGAUCGCACAAAUAGUUUUGGCUCAGGAAAAGACUUCACAGCCAGCUGCUGCUACAGGGGCUCCUCCCCCACCCCCUCCACCUAGUGGUACUCUGCCUCCCCCUCCCCCACCUCCACCUCCACCUCCCCCAAGCCUCCAGCGGACAUUUUCAGCCAUUGACUUGAUUAAGGAGCGCAAAGGGAAGAAGACAGACAAACAGACAGUUUUAGAGCCUAAGCCAACAGAAAUCCCCAACAUGCUUGACAUCCUGAAAGACAUGGGCAAAGUUAAGUUACGCUCUGUCAAAAAUCGUGGUGAGGAAGGUGAUGUUAAAACAAAGACCAAUGAGCCAGCAGACGCAGCAGCUCUGAUCGCUGAGGCCCUCAAGAGAAAGUUUGCGCAUCGCUACAGGCACAACAGUGAACCAGAGGACAAGGAGGAUUUCAAACCAUUUUUGGAGAAAAAGGCCAAACCAGCUGCCCCUUUGUUUGGGCAGCACAUGUUAAAGCCAACGGGAAAGAGGAAGCUAGUCUGAAUGUGCCUUUUCCAAAUCAGCUGUUGAUACAAUAGAAUGAAAAUGUUUGUUGACGAGGACACAGGCUUCCUAAACUACCAGUCAUCUCUUAUUUUGCACUUUUAAUUUUGUAACUACAGUAUAUUAGUAUUUUUGUUGUCAUGAAUGAUUCCUGCUCAUCAUAGUGAGAGACCUGCAUGUUAACACAGAAACAACGGUUCAGUGUUGAAAGUUCAAUUUUACAUCACAUUGUUUUUAGUCAGUUGCACAGGGCAGUUUUGCAUUCCCAGUUGCAGUGGGACAAAAAACUCAGUGGUUCUUCCACCACAGAAGAAUGUGAGCACUUUCUUUCUACAGGAAAAUUUUAUUUUUGGUGGGAUUCUUCAAGAAAGAAAGGAAGCGAUAUUUGUAAAUGUGUGUAUUUAAUUUAUGAUAGGGAUUCUUUUAUUUAUGCUGUGGCCUUGUCUUUAUAGUUUUACCAACACUAAUAAUGUUUAUAAUGUUAUUAAUUUUAAGAUACAGUACUUUUACAUUGUGGCAGUUCAUAUACUUGCCAAAGCUUUAAAUUUUAAAUGUAUUCCUGCUUUGAUCAAUAUUAAAAUCAAAGACAUUCCAGACAUUGCAGACAUUCUGGGAAGCUUUAAUUAUUCCUUAACAAUUUCUGUGUCGAGAUUUUUAUAUAUAUAUAUAUAUAUAUAUAUAUAUAUAUAUAUAUAUAUAUAUAUAUAUAUAUAAUUUAUUAUUAUUAUUAUUACACACAAUUAUGCAGGAAAAGUGGCAGUCAAUACAAUUGAUACUGACAGUUAUUAGGCACUUUUUAAAUGUAGUGAUACUGUAAAACACUGAUGCUGCAGUUCUGAAAUAACUGUCAUUUUAAGUUUUUUUGUACUUGUUAGCGAAGUUGUACCACCUCAAUGUGAGCAAUUAUUGUGACUUGUGAAUAAAGGCUGUUCCAAGUGUUGAAUAUGAUU